AUGCAGGCCGAGGAGGGCCCUCGCUCGGUCAAGGAGCUCAGGCAAGCCAUUGAGAUCCAGGAGCUGCGCAAGAGGCUUACCACGGCAGAGGAGGAGGCCCUGGCCCUCCGGCGCCGGCUGCGAGCAGCGGAGCUGGAGGCGCAGCAGUCGGAAGCCUUGGUCCAUCGACUACGCAACGACCUGCACCAGUGCGAGGGCCUGCUGACCUCAAAGCUGAAGAAAGGGGAGGUGGCAUCGGCUCCACCUAACCGCCCCGUGACGCGCGACGGGCGCAGGCCGGCGACGCCAGCCACGAAGCCUCCUCGCGGGCUCAGCAGCGACGAGCUGGAGGCACUUGCGAUCCAGUUGCCCGUGCAGACCACCUUCGGCGAUUUCAUUCUUCAGUCCGUGGACAGUGCCAAUGUUGAGGGCUACAUCGUGGAAGCCUUUCAGGGGCGAGAUCCUUAUCGCUCUGUGUGGAUUGACCAGCAGUCUCCAGCAAGCAAGAUCGGCGACCUCUUUCCGGAGGACACGCAGAAGGUUUUCAUCUACGAAGCCAAGGAUGUCUGUGCACUCCGCUACACCUUCCCAAGCCAACAAGAGAGAACCAUGUUUGUGCCAAAGUGGGACACGUGGAGUAUGCUUUUCCACAGACUGGAUAUCCUUGAUGCUCCUCCUGUGGUUACUACAAGGUUCCUGAACAAAUGCAAUGUGAUUAGAAGCAUGCCCGACGAGCCCUUCUACGAGCUCACAGGUGCGCAGGUUCUCUUCACUUACUUGCCCCAAGACAAGUUGCUUGACGUGACCGUGGAUGACUUUACCAGUGGCAGUGGCGACCAGUAUUCUGGCACUUGCACCCUCGCCCUGAGCACAAAUUUCAUGGAGGCGCUGGGUGAGAUGAAGCUGAAUAACAAACUGCCAGUCCAUAAGCUGAAGUUCACAGUCGUUACCCAGUUUGACCCGAUCGUUCAUUUCACGGUGAUGGGCGAGGACAUCCAAGAUCACCAGACCGUGCGUGAUGUGCUGACUGAGAAGUGUGUAGCCAUCACUGUGGAGCGCGAGAUCUACCUGCCCGAGUACUACGAGAGCAUCUCCGAGGGUGUGGGCGAGGCGAUGCAGGAUGCGGAUGUGGCUGUGCUGUGUGAGCAGAGCCUAGUCCUUCGUCUCGUGUUUCAGCGAGGCUACAUCCUGACCCAGAAGCAUCUCAAGACCAUUACCUUGGAGGUCUUGCACUACAUCAAUGAGAAUGAUGUUAAGCCGGUUUCCUCUGAGUAUUUGGAGGAUGCAGAGGAAUGGGCGCACGAGAACAUCUACGAGGGGGACCAAUAUGAUGAAGAAGUUGCGCUCACCUGUGAGUAUGCCGUAGUCCUUGCAGAUCGUCUUCAUGACAUUUGCUUUGAAGAGCAGUGUCAAGCCGAUCAAGAUUGGGCAGGCGACUACUGGGCUCGAUACUACGGCGACGACUAUUACGUCGACGACAACUAA